GUGACUAACACCCAGGUACCUACUUACUGCUAGGUGAAGAGGGACAACAGGUGCAAGGUAACAUGUGAGGUGACACAAUACGGCUUACUCCGUGGUGGCCCUAAAAUACUACUACUACAAUAACGAAGAUGUUUGGCAGGAAGAUACAGCUGGUGAGUAUGGUGCAAGGUUUACUGAGCUCCAGGAGCCUGCACCCUAAGCACUUAGCAUCAGUGUCGUUGCUGAGGAAUUUUCACGUAUCUGCUACUGAGCCAGAGACCCAGUUCCAUGAAAUAAAAGAUGCAAAUUCUGGGAAAGUACGAAGAAUAGCCUACAAGAAACUUAAUGGAUCACGUUCUCAUGGACUGAUUUAUGUCCCAGGAUUUAUGUCAAACAUGUCAGGAACAAAAUCUGCAGAGCUGCACCUGUUUUGCCAGAAGUAUGGUUUUCCAUAUGUCAGGUAUGAUCCCUCAGGAUUGGGCAAGAGUGAAGGAGUUAAAAUGACAGAAACAACAAUGUCUUUAUGGCUGGAAGAUGCUACAGAAAUGCUUCUUAAAAUGACAGAUGGUGCACAGAUUGUAAUUGCUUCUUCAAUGGGCUGCUGGAUAUCAUCCUUAAUAGCACAAAAGCAUCCAGAAAAAUUUGCAGCUAUUCUUAUGUUAGGUCCUGCCAUUAACUUUGGUGAAAGAUAUGAAAACGUUCUUCGAGGACAACUGCCACCAAAGGUUUUAAAGAAAUUUGAAGCUGGUGAAAUUGUCAGCCUUCAUGCUCCUGAUUAUGGUGACUUCCCAUUGUCCAUGAAAGUAUUUGAAGACAUGAAGCAGUAUAACGUAACACUGGAAGCAGACAACAUUACUAUGCCUUGUCCGGUCAGGAUUAUCCAUGGUGUCAAGGAUAAAGAUGUUCCACACAUGGAAUCCCUUCAGCUUCUUAAAGCUCUGCAGAUCACCGAUGUACAGUUGAAUUACCUCAAGCAUGCUGGCCAUACACUCAGUGAUGCUGCUAGCUUAGAGGUUAUGUUUGAUACUAUACUCAACUUAGCAUCCUAUGUUAACAAAAAGGAAAGCCAUUCUUGAGAGUUUUAAAAUAUAUAAAGAUAGUGUAAAUUAAGUUUUCAAACACAAGAUGUAUUUAAAUGCAGGAUAUAAAAAAAACAUAAACUAAUAAUAAUUUAAUUUAAAUAUAAUGAGCUGAGUUGGAACAGCUGCAGUUACAGGUGAAUACAGUUAGUAAAAUAAUAAUUAUAACAUUUUAUCGACUUUUUAAUAAUUUAACGCAGAAGGGGUUACUAGCCCCAUGGUAUCAGCAUUUUAAUUGCCUUUUACAACACGCAUGGCUUACAGAGGAAGAAUUCUAUAGCCCACUAUCUCUAUGGUAUUUAAUCCUUCAACUGUCCAAACGUAGUUCUACGUUUUUGCUCGUAACGCUCCGACCUUGAUUUUCUCCAUAAGAAAGCAUGUUAAAAAAAACGUAGAUCUAUGUUUGGAGCGCUACGCGAGAGAACAUAGUUCUACGUUUGGACAGUUUAAGGGUUAAAAAAAGGAAGGGGGGGAGAGGGCAAUGCCUGCACUCUGAAUGAGGGGUAAGGAAGUUCCAGUUGGAUGGGUCAUAUGAUUGUGUCACUAUGCUUAUGGAAAGACAGCAGUUGAGUGAAUGUAUUUUCUUCUUUGGGUCACCUGGCUUGAUGGGAGAUAGCCAUUAAGUUAAAAAAAUAAUAAUAAUUUUUUUAAAGAAAUAUACUACAUAAUUUUAUAACACUGGAUGUCUCCCAUUAAGGUAGGGUGACCUGAAAAAGAUACACUGUCACCAUCCUUCAUGCUAUCACUGCUUGAGGGCAUGUAGAUAUGACAGUUCAGAUGCCCCUCCAAAGAGCAAAUAUUCCCACCCCUCCUUUAGACAGCAGGCACUGUACUUCCCAUCUCCAGGACUCAAAUCCAGCUAACUAGUUUCCUUGAAUCCCUUCACAAAAUGUUACCUUGCUCACACUCCAACAGCUCAUUAGGUCCCAAAAACCAUUUGCCUCCACUCCUAUCUAACAUGUCACACGUAUCUGAAUAUCCAAGCCCCUUGCACACUAAACCUGCUUUUACCCCUUCCAUCCAUCCUUUCCUAGGAUGACCCCUACCCUACCUUCCCUCCACUACAGAUUUAUACACCCUUCAAGUCAUCCUAUUUUGCUCCAUUCUUUCUAAAUGACAACAACCACCACUGAGGGAGGUACUUCUGUCCUGCCAAGUGAGUGUGAAAUAGAAACCUUUAGUUGUUUUACAUGAUUGUAGGGUUACUGGUGUCUUUUUAUAGCCUGUAAAUGAGGGUGUGUACAUGCGCCGAAUAAAGGUUACGUACUCUUUGCAUGCCACACCCCCACCCCGAGAAGGCUCAGGAUUAGGCUGCCACCUCCCAGUGGUAACCGUGCCGCCAUGGCACAAAAUAAUGGGACCGCCUUUCCUCUCCACCAUCCAACUCUUAGAUAGAGCUCAGCUUUUCUUGUGACCAAAAGCCAAACCCUAAACUUAGAGUGAGACAGUAGUCAGACAGGCUAGCAUAGGUCCAAGAUACAGGCGGACGGUAGCCCGCAUCCCCUCACUAAAAAAAAACCCCACACCAGGGGAUAAAAAAAAGAGCAUGAAAAGGGGUUACCACAAAUAACAUCCUAACCUAAAUAAAAUAUUAUACUCUAGAUAAAGAGUCUGCCAACAUAUUUUCUUUGCCGGUAAUAUAUUUAAUGGACAGAUUAUAUGGUUGCAGCCUUAGCGUCCAGCGCAUAAGCCUUGUGUUGUGGUUCUUCAUGGCUUGGAGAUAUACUAGAGGAUUGUGAUCACUGUAGACUGUGACCACCUGCGAUGUCUGGCCCACAUAAACAUCGAAAUGCUCCAAAGCCAGUACCAGCGCGAGGGCUUCUUUUUCAAUGGUAGAGUAAGCCCUCUGAUGUGGCUGGAACUUGG